AGCAAAUUUUCUAGUGUUCGAUUAUGAAGAUUACCUGAACAGAAGAGUAUAGGUAUGACCAUUUCUGGGUAUGCAGUUUUGUUGCGGAUUGCCUUGGGUGCUCUUUUCUUUUGUGCGCCUUCACUGGGAGAAGUGAAAGCUCCUUCAAUAAAUAUCGGUGCUAUAAUCGCGUUGAACACAACUAAUGGAAAAAUAGCUAAGUCUGCUAUUGAAUUGGCGGUUGAAGAUGUAAACAGGAACACCAGCAUUCUGAAUGGCACGCUCCUCAAAAUUCGUAUCCGAGACUCCAAACAAGAUGCACUCACAGGCGCUUCUGCAGCACUGGAACUGAUAAGAAAAGGAUGUAUAAGCAUAGUCGGCCCACAGACAUCCGUUGUGGGUGAAUUCGUUGGGUAUUUGGGCGUUGCAGCGCAUGUUCCAGUUGUGACAUUUGGUGCAACGAAUCCCUCUCUCUCCAUGCAUCGAUACCCUUACUUCAUUCGUACAGUGCCCAAUGAUAAAAUGCAAAUGAAGGCAAUAGCAAAGAUAAUAGAGGAGUAUAAAUGGAGGGAUGUGGCUCUUGUGUAUGUAGAUGACGAUUUGGGCACAGGGGCCAUUCCGGCCUUAAACGAUGCCUUGCGAGAUGUGAGGGCAAAAAUUGUUUUCAAAGCUGCAGUGUCUCCCCAGGCUAACGCCACUUCAAUGAGAAAGGUUCUUGAGUAUGAGCUGAUGGGGCUGGAGUCGCGAGUAUUCAUCGUGCAUAUGCAUGCUGAAUUGGCCCUAAUUCUGUUUUCCGAGGCGUACAAAUUAGGAAUGAUAAGCAGUGAUUAUAUAUGGAUCAUUUCCGACGGAUUUGCCGAUCUACUGGAUUCCUUCAACGCUGAUUCUCUCCUCUCUAUGAAUGGUGUGUUGGGGGUCAAAAGAAAACUCACACAAACCGACCAGCCAAGGCUGAAUGAAUUUGCUAAAAGAUGGAAGCAGCGGUUUAGAGCCCAGAAUCCUACAAUAGCAGACCUGGAAUUAAAUGCCCGCGCACUUAUUGCAUAUGAUACGGUAUGGGCGAUUGCUUUUGCAAUCGGUCGUCUCCUGCGUAUGGAAUCGUUCAAUGGUGAUUUCUCAGAGACCUCUAGUAGCACCAAAGUUUUGAAUUUCAAGGUUUUUGACGGUGGAGAGCAAUUGCUUAAUCAGGUCCUAGAGACAAACUUUCUUGGCCUGAGCGGCCCUGUUCAAAUAAGUCGUGAUAAGGGAGAACCUUUGGAGUGCUCAUAUGAUAUAAUAAAUGUUGUUGGAAAUAAGUAUAGCGUAGUUGGGUCGUGGACAGAAAGGGACCUGAAUAUAUCUUGGAAACGAGAAAUUCAUUGGGGCGGUGGAUCAACAGAGACGCCACGCGGGUGGGAGAUACCUGCGCCAGGCAAGAAACUGAAAAUAGCCGUGCCUUGGCAGAAAGGCUUUACAAAAUUCGUCGGCGUAAAACCAGUUGACGCCGGCGCAGGUGCACAAAAGCAGACUUAUGAGAUUACAGGUUUCUCUAUUGAUGUGUUCACAUCGGUGCUCGGAAGAUUGGGUUAUAAUUUGCCCUAUGAAUGGAUACCUUAUGGGACUGGCAAUGUCACUGCGGGCUACUAUGAUGACCUCGUCUACCAGGUCUAUCUCCAGAACUUCGAUGCGGUUGUGGGAGAUGUAACGGUGCUUGCAAAUCGGAGCAAGUUUGUGGAUUUCACACAACCGUACACAGAGUCGGGACUGAUAAUGAUGGUAGCAAUUUCAGACAAGCGAUCAAGUGAUUCCAGGGCCUUCCUGCACCCCUUUACUCCAGCCAUGUGGGUAACUACUGUUGCAUUUUUCAUUUUCACGGGAGCUGUUGUUUGGUUUUUGGAGCACAGGCAAAACAGGCAAUUUAGAGGGGCGCCUCGGGAACAAGUCUUGACAUUCAUCUUGUUUUCCUUUUCUACACUCUUCACGACUCAAAGGGAGAGGAUUGUAAGCGGUCUGGGUAAAGCAGUUGUGGUAAUUUGGCUUUUUGUAGUUUUUGUGUUAGUGUCUAGUUACACCGCCAGCCUGUCUUCGAUGCUUACAGUCAGACAAAUUGUACCAAAUGUUGAGAGCCUUGACUCUCUAAUCGCCCAAAAUUUGCCAAUCGGGUAUCACCAGGGAUCUUUCAUAGACAAGUAUUUGGUACAACAGCUUGGUGUGAAUAAAAGCGUACUUCUCCCAUAUUCAUCUACAGAAGAGUUCGCCGAUGCGCUGAAGAGGGGACCCAAUAACGGAGGAGUGGCUGCCAUAUUUGAGGAGCAAACUAUUGCUCAAAAUUUGUUCCUGUCAACAGGAUGCAAUGAGUAUGCGAGACUUGGUCCCGUGUACAAAACGGGAGGCUUCACAUUCGUGUUCCCAAAGGGUUCUCCGCUGGUUUCAGGUAUUUCCAAGGCUAUAUUAAAUCUUUCGGAAAGCAAAGAGAUGCAAGAUAUUCGGAAGAGUUGGUUCAAUUCAACUGAAAACAAAUGCAACAUUGAGUCAGGUGGUUCGGAUUCAAACAAAUUGAGCCUCAAAGACUUUUGGGGCAUAUUUCUUUUCACAGGAUGCAUAUCAUUUCUCGCCCUUGUCUACUAUCUGUGUCACCUGAUUUACCGAUUUGUGCACAGAAAUGUGAAUUCAUCUCAUGAUAAAUCCAUCUCCACCCGAUUGCGAUCGUUUGCCAAUUAUGCAGACAAGAAGGACAUCCCAGCACCAAAGAGAAAGAGGCAUAAUACCGCCACUUUAUCAUAUGGAACUGAGGCUUCCACUUCCUCUGAAAUUCCUGUUUCAACAAGACGGAUGUGAACUGCAUUUCAGGAUUGUGUAAUCUAUCUAAUAUAAGUAUUCUGGUUGUGGAUUAAUUUUGGCUUCAUGGUUCAACUUAAAUGAUCAUAUCUACGGCAAACCAACUGAAUAAACGUGUUGUAAAUGUAUGUGGAAAUUUUGUCUUGACCACAAAGAUGGGAUUUGUGGUCAAACAAAAAUGAUUGUAAUAACCGUGUAGAACUAUAGAAAUUAUUGGGCAUUGUUCAAGGAUAGUUGCCGUAGCGAUAUAUAACACGUCUACCGGAUAUACAUUUGAGUGUAUUUAUUGAUAAAUAAAAAAUAAAAAAAAAUUAUUAUUAUUUUUUUGA